CAGCCCGCUGCGCCUGCGGGUACUGAGAGCUCCGGCUGCCGGCGGUGACCCGGGCCCAGCGGUCUCUGCGGCCCGCGCCCCUGGCGGAGGGAAGAGCCGCCUUGGGGAGAAGGGAAAGGGACGUGGGGGAGGCCACGGCAGGGUUAACCUCCAUUUCAGCUAAUCAUGGGAGAGAUUAAAGUCUCUCCUGAUUAUAACUGGUUUAGAAGUACAGUUCCCCUUAAAAAGAUUAUCGUGGAUGAUGAUGAUAGUAAAAUAUGGUCGCUGUAUGAUGCAGGCCCCAGAAAUAUCAGGUGUCCUCUGAUAUUUCUUCCCCCUGUCAGUGGAACUGCAGAUGUAUUUUUCCGGCAGAUUUUGGCUUUGACUGGAUGGGGUUACCGGGUUAUAGCUUUGCAGUAUCCAGUUUAUUGGGACCAUCUCGAAUUCUGUGACGGAUUCAGAAAACUUUUAGACCAUUUACAACUGGAUAAAGUUCAUCUUUUUGGGGCUUCUUUGGGAGGCUUUUUGGCUCAGAAAUUUGCUGAGUAUACACACAAAUCUCCCAGAGUCCAUUCCCUCAUCCUCUGCAAUUCCUUCAGUGACACCUCUAUCUUCAACCAAACUUGGACUGCAAACAGCUUUUGGCUGAUGCCAUCAUUUAUGCUCAAAAAAAUUGUUCUCGGAAACUUUUCAUCUGGCCCAGUGGACCCUAUGAUGGCUGAUGCUAUUGAUUUUAUGGUGGACAGGCUGGAAAGUUUGGGUCAGAGUGAACUGGCUUCAAGACUUACCCUGAACUGUCAAAAUUCUUACGUGGAACCUCAUAAGAUUCGGGACAUCCCUGUGACCAUUAUGGAUGUAUUUGACCAGAGUGCACUUUCAACUGAAGCUAAAGAAGAAAUGUACAAACUGUAUCCUAAUGCCCGGAGGGCUCACCUUAAAACAGGAGGCAAUUUCCCAUACCUGUGCAGAAGUGCAGAGGUGAAUCUUUAUGUACAGCAGGCCCGCACCUGAACGUACUGAAGUAGCCACGUCCUGUGAUGUGACCUUGCCUCCUGGAUACAGUGAAUUCAAUCAGAGCAGGACACCUUCAUGAAGCAACUUCCUGAUCCAUUUUUAAUGCAUUAAAAAACACAUGCAGGGGCAGGCACCUGGCUGGCUCGGUCAGAAGAGCAUGCAACUCCCAAUCUUGGGGUUGUGAGUUCGAGCCCAUGUCGGGUAUAGAGAUUACUUAAAUAAAUAAAACUUUAAAAAAAAAAAAAAAAAAGCACACACACACGCAAAAACUAACAAAAACUGCCACUUCAUCCUCUACCCAAAUGGAUAUUAAAAUAGCAGUGAGAGGGCACCUGGGUGGCUCAGUCGUUAAGCGUCUGCCUUCGGCUCGGGUCAUGAUCCCAGAGUCCUGGGAUCGAGCCCCGCAUCGGGCUCCCUGCUCGGCAGGAAGCCUGCUUCUCCCUCUCCCACUCUCCCUGCUUAUGUUCCCUCUCUCGCUGUGUCUCUCUCUAUCAAAUAAAUAAAAUCUUUAAAAAAAUAAAAUUAGGGCGCCUGGGUGGCUCAGUUGGUUAAGCGACUGCCUUCGGCUCAGGUCAUGAUCCUGGAGUCCCGGCAUCGAGUCCCGCAUCGGGCUCCCUGCUCGGCGGGGAGUCUGCUUCUCCCUCUGACCCUCCUCCCUCUCAUGCUCUCUGUCUCUCAUUCUCUCUCUCUCAAAUAAAUAAAUAAAAUCUUUAAAAAAAAAUAAAAUUAAAUUAAAUUAAAUUAAAAAAAAUAAAAUAGCAGUGAGAAAUUAUUGCUUUGGCAGUUUGGCAAGAAGUAUCAAGAGCUUCAAAACCCAGUCACGUCCUUUGGUCCUGCCAUCCAUUUGUGGCAGUGAUCCUAAGGAGAGGACCCUAAAUUCAAAAAAACUUGAUGCAGGGAGACAGUCAUCAUGGUCUCACUCAGAACCGCAGAGGAUGGGAAGGACCUGAGUCGCAGCAGCAAAGCAGGAGGGUAAACACCUACUCACAGAGCAGCAUGCCUCCCUUUAAGAUGUUCAUGAAGAGUUUGUACGAACUUGGAGAGACCUGUCACACAGUAAAUAGGGAGCAAAGAUCCCAAAUUGUGGUUUUUCAAAAUACUUCUUUGGCUUUCCUGUGUUUUCCAGUUUUUCUCUAAUCAGUCUGUGUUACUCUGUAAUUUUAGAAGUAUAAAACAUUUAUAUGCUGUCGUGGCAUUUAAAAUAACGACUCUGUGUU